UCGAGACGUUCAUUCUUGUGCGGCGCCCCUCAUCCCGCUCUUGUUGCCGCCAUGACUCGGCUCGCGUACACUACGCUCUUCUUCGUGAAUGCCAUCGUGGCGAUGGCCCUUCGAGCAUUCGGAGAUCGCUUUUUGAAGUACCUGUGGUCGUUUGAUACGUGCACAGACGAGGCGGCGAAUCCCCAUUGCGUUGGGAAUCAAGCCGUCUAUCGCGCGAGUUUUGCCAUGAGUUGUUUCUUCGUCCUCAUGGCACUGGUCAGUGCGCUGUCGGAACGCGGGUUCAACAACUGCUGCUGUCUUUGGUGCUUUCAACUGCCGCUCUACGGCGUGAUGUUUGUUGGGUCCUUCACCAUCCCAAACGACUUCUUUUACGGGUUUGCAUGGGUCGCCCGCGUCGCAUCCGUGGGGUUCCUCGUCCUUCAAGUCAUCAUUAUCAUCGACACAACAUACAACGUGCGGGAUUAUCUGCUGGACAAGAUCGACGCCUCCCAUGCGGACGAGCGCGUGUCGCUGCUGUCUUUCGACGAGCGCAGCACCUUGUCAUGCUCGCGCUACCGAUCGUGGUUCUGGAAAGCUCUGUUCUUUGGCCUGGUCCUUGGUGCGCUGGGUGGAUCACUUGUAGGCGUCGGCUUCCUCUAUCAUUACUACGAUAUUUGCCAAAUCGGCCACGUUUUCACGACAGUGACUCUGGUUGCGAGUGCGGUCGUGACGGGGCUCAGUGUGACGUCGGAAGGACCUGGCCUGCUUCCCCCUGCGAUCUUGUCCUUGUACACUGUCUUUUUGUGCUAUGAAGCACUCCGUGCCAACCCAGAUGCCCAGUGCAAUCCGUUCCUGGCGUACCAAGCGAGCUCGACGGUCAACACCGUCAUCGCCGCGUUGAUCGGCGCCGCCACCAUCACAUGGACAAGCUGGUCCACGGCUUCGUCCUUGAUUCGACUCGACACUUUGUCGGACGAGAACCUUGAAGGCGCGCCCAAGGACAAGCAGUCAGAUGUGCCGAGCUGGCAAUUUCACGCUGUCAUGGUCGUGGGGUCCUUGUACAUGGCGAUGGUUGUGACGCAAUGGGGAACAGCGACCGGGCAGCAAGACGGCGCGGCCAUGUGGGUUCACAUUGCGUCCCAGUGGGUGGCUUCUGCCCUGUUUGUGUGGACCCUCGUCGCGCCCUACUUGUUUCCCGAUCGCGAGUUUAGUUGAGAGUCGACCAUGGCGAACUCGACCAUGAAAAAUCGUUUUUGAGUCGUUAAAUGUGCUCGUGCAAAAGCAGCGCCACCCGCUCGACCGUCACUCGAUGCUGCAGCUUGGAUG